AUGUUAGAUAAUUUAGAAGAUGAUAAAAUAUCUGCAAAAAAAAAACGAAAAAAGAAAAAGAAAAAAGAAAAAAAAAAUGAUGAAAAGGUUGAACCUAUAGAUUAUGAUAAAAAACAUAUUUCUUCUUCUAGUUCUAUAAUAAUAAAAACAUCAAAAACAAAAAAAGAUGUAAAUAAAAAAACAGAACAAUUUGUAGAUAAUAAUAUAAAAGAACUCGAUGAAGACAAAUCAAUUAAAGAAAAUAUAAACUUGAAAAAUGAGCAAACAGAUACAUCAUAUGAUGGUAAACAGUUGGGAGAUAAAAUAAAGAAAGAGAAAAAAGAAAAAAAAAAAAAAAAAAAAAAAAAGAAACCCGAGCAAAUUAAUGAAUGUUGUGAAGUGCAGCAAAACGACGCUGAAAAAGAUGAAAAAAAAGAUGAAAAAAAAAAUGAAAAGAGAAAUGAGCUAUUGGAAGAUUCAGUACAGGACUACAUAAGCGAAUGCAAUAAAAUAGAAAAAAAUAUAUAUGAAACAAUAAAUAAGGAGACUGAAAAUGUGGUUGAAUAUGUUGAAGAGGAAAAUUCAAAAAAAAAACUAUCUAAGAAAUUUUCCUUAAUUAAGGAAGAAAAAAAAGAAGAAAUAAUUCCUUCCAAUAUUAAAUAUUUAGGGACUCUCGAAAGUAAUAUAUGUAUAAUAAAUUCGUUCCAGGAUAUAUCGAGUAUUUCUUGUGAAGAAAAAACUCAUGGAAGUUGCUCUGACUGUUCAUUUGUUUAUCAAAACUCGAAUGAAAAUUUUAAUCUAUAUACAUACAUAAAAGAGAAUGUCAAUAAUUAUAAAAAAAUAUUAAAAAAUAAUUUAGAUAUAUAUGAAAAGAAAUAUGUUGAAGAAAUUAUAUCAUUUUUAGAAAAUAUAUUAAAAUUAUUAAUGAAAAAAAAGGAAAAAGAAUCCAUAUUGGCUUUUCAAAAAAGUGACCAAAUUCAAGACAGUCAAAAUGAAAUAUGCUUGAGUAAUAGUUCGGAAGAAGAUAAUGAAGACAUUAUAAAAAAUUAUGAAAAAUAUAAUGACAAUUCAGCAAAUGAAUCUGAUGAACAAAAAGACAUAAUUUUUUCAAACAACAAUAUUGGAAAAAAAGAUGGCGCACUGUCCAAAAAAGGCAUAGACAAUGUAAUUCGAAAAAAAGACAAAAAUAAAGAAGAAGAAAAUUAUUGUGAUUAUAUAAAAAAGGAUAUAAGCAUACAAGAGGAUGAUCAAACAAUAAAAUUAUUUAAAAGUGAACAUAAGUCUCAAAUAAAAGAUAACAAUAUAAAUAGUGAAAUAGAAGAUGUUGAAGAAAGAUUGACAAAAAUUCUUUCAGAAAAUCAGCAAAUAGAUAAAGAACCAAAUGAAAAUAGUGAUGAUAUUUUUGAAACCAUCUUUAAAUUUUAUAUUACAGAUAAUCAAAUAAAACCAAAAGGAAAAAAAAAAGAAAAUAUUAUUAAUGAAAAUGAUAAUAAUUUAAAAAAAACAAAUACUGAAAUAAAUGGAGGUAAAUCAAAAGGAAUGAUGAAUUUAGAAUUAUUUUUAACUUUUUCCAAAAAUUAUAAAAUUAUAAAAAAUCUACUUACAAAAAAUGAGUUGGAAAAAAUAUUUAUAAAUGAAUGUAAAGGAAAUAUAUAUAUAACAUCAAAACAAUUUAAAAAAAUUUUAAUAAUAUGUGGACAAAUAGCUUUUACAAAACCACCACAUAAAAAUAAUUAUACCGAUACUAAAAAAAUAUAUUCUUUGUUAAUUUCCUGGCUUACUAAUAAUUCACCUGACCAUCAAAAACCCCAACUACUAAAAUAUUCUACAUUAAAAUCAUACACAUUUUCAAAUGAUAACAAUAAAAAUAAUACUCCAAAAUCGAGAGAUACAAAAUAUAAUAUUUUAAAAAAUAGUAAAUCAUCUCUACUACCCCUUAAAGACAAAUAUAAAAAAAAAUAA